AUGGCGGUCGCGGCGACGGCGUGCGCGGCGUGGUGCGCGCUGGGAAGCGCGCGGGAGACGAGCGAGGUGAGGGUGACGGCGCGGCGGACGAAGCGAAACGCGUACGUGCUGGACAAGUGCGGGGCCAUCUUGGAGCGAGGGUACGACGCGGUCGCGUGGUUGAAAAAUAGGCACGCGAGCACGAUUUUGAGUUCGUUGCUCAGGCGGGAUUUGAACGUGGCGUAUCAGCGGGAGGUGUUGGCGAUGCCGGACGGCGGACACGCGACCCUGGACUGGCCGAUGAGCAGCGCGCUCGUGCGUCGAAGGUUGGCGGUGCAUCACGCUCGAAUCGCCGCCGACGCGCCGGUGUUGGUGCUGAUGUCGGGCAUCGCCGGCGGGUCGCACGACAAGUACUUGAAGCAUUUUUUAAAGCGCGCCAGGGCGCGCGGAUUUCGAUGCGUCGCGUUCAACUGCCGCGGCACCUCGGAAUCGCCGCUGACGACGCCGCAAUUUUACAGCGCAUCGUACACGGGCGAUAUCAGGCACGUCGUGAACACGCUUCGCGAACGAUACCCAGACGCGCCGCUCUUCGCCAUCGGUUGGUCGCUCGGGGCAAACAUUUUGACGAAUUUCCUCGGAGAAGAGGGAGAAAACGCGAAAGUCACCGGUGCUGCGGCGCUGUGCAAUCCGUUCGACUUGAACGCGUGCGACACUGCGCUCGAGAGUGGGUUUUUCGGUAAAGUGUACAGUCAAGCCAUGGCGAAGAACAUGCGCAAGCUCUUCGCGCCGCACGAGAACCUCUUCGCGGGGUUACCGAAGUACAAUCCCGAGCUCGUCAAGGCGGCGAAGACGGUGAGGGAUUUCGACGAAGCAAUCACGCGAGUUACUUUCGGAUUUCCGUCCGUGGAUGCGUAUUACGAAUAUUCUGGGAGCAAGAAUAAGAUUGGCGACGUUCGCGUCCCGUUGAUGACGGUGCAGGCGCGCGACGACCCAAUCGCCAUCGCCGAUUCAAUCCCUCGCGCGAUCAUCGAGGAAAAUCCAAAUGUGAUUUUGCUUGAAACUGAAAGCGGCGGUCAUUUGGGAUGGGAGGCGGGUCCAGAAGCGCCGUUCGGCGCGCCUUGGCCGGACGCCGUGGUGAUGCAAUUUUUCGAGGCGUUGCUCGAAUUGAAAAAAUCGCCGAACGCGAAAGUCGAAACGGACACGAAAGUAGACCCUGUGCCCGCGCGUUGA